UAAACUGACUGAUAAGGACUGAAUGAAAUCAAACCAUCUGUCCACAGAACAGCCAUGAAGCUCCUGUCCAUGCAGAAACGCUGCCGAUUGAAUGUCGUGACCAUCAGACACAUCACGGCAGCGCUGCAGCCACUGCUUGGAACCCAGAAGCAGAAAGAUGUUCUGAGCAGAGAGAACGUACUGCAGACACUUAACAGGAUGUUCUACAGCGUGUCACAGGAAGUGCCAGGUCAUGUGACUUUGGCUGCCCCAGAUGAAACUUGUGACCUGAUCUACAACCUGUAUGACAGGGACGGGACCGGUGGAGUGUCUGUCGCGUGUCUUCACACGGUGCUCACUGCGCUCUCUGCAGACUCUCCGUCAGACAAGUACACAGUUUUGGUGGGCAUCGCGGAGACCGUCAGCGGCUCGGUCAGCGGCUCGGUCAGCAGGGAUGGACUGCGCUCGUUGUUACGUGACCUCAGUCAGGUUCCUGCAGCAGUGCAGGAGGAAGCAGUGUUUGGUGACGUGGAGACGGCGGUCUGCUCCUGCUUCCACACGGUGCUGACGUCCACUGUGAGAGGAGACGUCGUGCUGUCAUGGCUGCAGAGUGAACCCCAGCUGUUGCUAUGGUUACCCGUGCUGUCCCGGGUCUCUGCCAGUCAGAAUGUGACUCACGCUGUUCGUUGUCACGUCUGCAAAACUUUCCCCAUCACUGGACUCAGGUAUCGCUGUUUGAAGUGCGUGAACCUCCACGUGUGUCAGAACUGCUUCCUGACCGACAGACGGACAAAAAAACACAAAACCCACCACCCAGUGUUGGAGUUCUGCACACAGCCCACCUGGAAGGAGUCUCUGUCCACAUUAGUGCACAGCGCUCGCCACGCCCUGUUGCCGAGGAGAUACACAAGCCACGAGGCAGAUAGGAGGCGGGGCCUGAUGCGCACAGAACGAGUAGAGACUCAGAAAGAAGUGCCACCUUACUCACAUUCUGCCACACAAUUGACUGCUUCAGCUGUUCAUCACACUCGUUCCGCAUCGUUGGCCUCCAGGCGUGAAAGAGAAGAUUCUCCAAACACCUCGCAGCAGGGUCUGUCCCGACCCUUGGCCUCCAAAUGCCUGCAGACAGACAGCGGCACUCCACAGGUCACCUCAUUAUGCUUUGUAGUUUUUAACAUUUGUCUAUUUGUUUGUGUUGUUGAUCAGGACUCGGCUCUGCUGACUGAAGUCCAAAACCUGCACAGAGACAAAUGGCUGAUGGAGCGGCAGCUGCAGGCGUGGCGCCUGACCGUCCAAUCAGAUCACAGCAUUCUGGAGGACAGGUGCGCUGAGAUGGAGGCUACCAUGGAAACACUGAGACAACAUAACCUGCGCCUACAGAGCAGGCUGACACAGGCACUGAAACAAAUGGACACUCAACAACACCAUGACACGUUAACGAGCGACCACAAAGAACAUGAAGGCAGCACGCACACGUUAACGAGCGACCACAAAGAACCUGAAGGCAGCACGCACACAUUAACGAGUGACCACAAAGAACCUGAAGGCAGCACGCACACGUUAACGAGCGACCUCAAAGAACAUGAAGGCAGCACGUACACAUCUGGAACAGAAGAAGGAAGAGUGAAAAACACAGAGGAGGAAGAGGAGGUCAUUCUAAAGUCCAGCUGUGAAGAAAAGGAAGAAGAUGAUGAAGAUGCAAGUCCAUCACUGCUGAGAAAUGCGGUAAAAGAGCAACCUGACACAAAAACUCCAUCUCCCAUAACGCACCAGGACACACAUCAGUCAGGCUGUUGUCAGGAGAAGGAUCCUGCAGGGGACAGACACAUCAGUCAUCCAAUGACGCAACGUGAGACAGCAUGGCAAUGCAAAUCUGAGGGGGUGUGGCCACAGGAGAGUCAUGUGCAUGAAGAAGAGGAGGAGGAUUGUGGGACUUGCAGUCCAGAGGAGCUGCUCCAAGAAUCUUCAGAGAGGCUAAAACUUUCCAUGACCCUGAGGACAGAUGCACAGAUGGGUAACAGGAUGAAGGCGGAGCUUCUGAAGGCUGCUCACACAGUGGGAGACUCCAUACGCCACCUAGUGGACACUGUCAGAACACACACUAACCAUGUGACACUGUAGUGUUUUGUCCUUUUUAUUUAC